AUGCCGAAGAACAAGGGAAAGGGAGGAAAGAAUCGAAAGAGGGGUAAGAACGAAGCCGACGACGAGAAACGCGAGCUUGUUUUCAAAGAAGAUGGACAAGAAUACGCUCAAGUUCUCCGCAUGUUAGGUAACGGUAGAUGCGAAGCUAUGUGCAUCGACGGUACAAAGCGCCUCUGUCACAUCCGUGGGAAGAUGCACAAGAAGGUCUGGAUUGCCGCCGGCGAUAUCAUACUCGUCGGUCUCCGUGAUUAUCAGGAUGAUAAGGCUGAUGUGAUUCUGAAAUACAUGCCGGACGAGGCUCGUCUUCUUAAGGCCUAUGGUGAGCUUCCUGAUAAUACUAGACUUAAUGAAGGUAUUGGUGCUGGGCUUGAUGAGGAAGAUGAUGGUGAUGCUAAUGAUUACAUUGAGUUUGAGGAUGAGGAUAUUGAUAAAAUUUGA